AUGUCAAAGGGAAAAGUUUGUUUGGCCUACUCCGGCGGUUUGGAUACAUCCGUCAUCCUCGCAUGGCUGCUUGAAGAGGGCUACGAAGUGAUUGCCUUUAUGGCCAACAUUGGUCAGGAGGAAGACUUCGAGGCCGCCAGAGCAAAGGCCCUGAAGAUUGGUGCCACCAAGUACGUGCUUGUUGAUGUCAGAAAGCAGUUUGUUGAGAGUGUUCUCUUCCCAGCUGUUCAAGUGAAUGCCAUCUACGAGAACGUCUAUCUGUUGGGAACAUCUCUUGCCAGACCAGUCAUUGCCCAGGCCCAAAUCCAGGUUGCCGAGCAAGAAGGUUGUUUCGCAGUUUCCCACGGAUGUACCGGAAAGGGAAAUGACCAGGUCCGUUUCGAGUUGGCUUUUUACGCCUUGAAGCCAGACGUCCAGGUUAUUGCGCCAUGGAGAGACCCUCUUUUCUUCGAAAGAUUUGCCGGAAGAAAGGAUCUUUUGGAAUAUGCUGCUGAAAAGAACAUCGAGGUCACACAGACCAAGGCCAAGCCAUGGUCCACUGAUGAGAACAUGGCACACAUCUCUUUCGAGGCUGGAAUUCUGGAGGACCCAGACACCACCCCUCCAAAGGACAUGUGGAAAUUGACCGUUGAUCCAACCGACGCUCCAGAUGUGCCAGAGGACUUCACCGUGGUGUUCGAGAAAGGUCUUCCAGUCAAGCUGGCUCUUGCUGACGGAACCGAGUUCACUGAUCCAGUUGAGAUUUUCAUUGCUGCCAACGCCUUGGCCAGAAGAAACGGUGUUGGCCGUAUCGACAUCGUUGAGAACAGAUUCAUCGGAAUCAAGUCCAGAGGCUGUUACGAGACCCCCGGUCUUACGGUGCUCAGAACUGCUCACAUUGACUUGGAGGGCCUCACUCUUGACCGUGAGGUCAGAGCCAUCAGAGACACCUUUGUGACUCCAACAUACUCCAAGCUGUUGUACAAUGGUAUGUACUUCACCCCAGAGUGCGAGUACGUCAGAGGCAUGAUUGCUCCUUCGCAGAAGACCGUCAACGGUGUUGUUAGAGCCCGUGCUUAUAAGGGAUCUCUGAUCAUUCUCGGAAGAUCCUCCUCAACGGAGAAGCUGUACGAUGCUACCGAGUCUUCCAUGGACGAGCUGACCGGAUUCCAGCCACAAGAGGCUUCUGGAUUCAUCUCUGUCCAGGCCAUCAGAAUCAAGAAGUUCGGUGAGAGCGUCAGGGAAAAGGGAAAGCUCUUGGACUUGUAA